AUGGUUGUGCGAUUGAUUAAGCAAAGGUUUCAACUGGAAGCUUCAACCGGAAGAACAGAGGCUCGGCUGUAGGACUCAGGAGGACGAAAGAGACGAGCACAGCACUGUAGCUCAAGAGGAAAACGGUCCGGAAAUUUAGAUAAAUCAAGGACCCCAUUAAUAGAUAUUGGCAGCAAUAGCUCUGGUAUUAGCAUUUCUGUUAAAUGGGUUGGAAGGCUGCUGAAAAGCUGAUUAGGCAUUGGAAAAUUCUUAGAGGAGAUAAUGUGAUGAUUAUCAGAGGCAAGGAUAAAGGAGAAACUGGUUUAAUCAAGCGUGUCAUUCGCUCUCAAAAUCGUGUCAUUGUCGAGGGUAAAAACCUGGUGAAGAAACACAUUAAGCAAGGACAGGGCCAUGAAGGUGGAAUCUUUACAGUUGAAGCCCCCCUACACGUAUCAAAUGUUCAAGUUGUUGAUCCAGCAACAGGGAAGCCUUGUAAGGUUGGUAUCAGAUAUCUUGAAGAUGGUUCUAAAGUACGGGUAUCAAGAGGAAUUGGAGCCUCGGGAUCCAUAAUUCCUCGUCCAGAGAUCUUAAAGAUAAGGACUACUCCCAGACCUACAGUUGCUGGUCCCAAGGAUACUCCAAUGGAUGUGGUGCUGGAGAAAACUUAUGAUGCUAAAACAGGGAAGGGCAUGCCUGACCUUUAAAAGUUGCUUCUAUCCAAUUCCGAAGACAUGGUUCUACUAGGUUAGAAAAUAAUACAGAAUAUGAGGAUCCAUCUGUGUUGUAAUUGGCGGCAACUUGUUUUCCAUUUCCUUGUUUGUUAUUUGUUUACCAUUUUUGAGAUUAUUGUUCAUUCAUGCUUUUGAAAGGACGAGGACGACUGCGAAUCACAUGAAGCUUUAUGACACAACAUGAUUUUCUACUCAA